AUGAUCUGGGCAGAGCUUCAAGCGCCGCUGGAGGAUCUCGGGUGGAUGUAUGGGAUGGUAUCUCAGCGAGGCGGCCAACAGUUCCCGAGUACCUCGUGGCAGUUUGGAGUUGCAAGCUGCGCACUGUCAUCCGCCAUGGGGACUCUUAUCGAUGUCGAUUUCCUCCGUCAGUGGUGGGCUGGUGUCACCGGCAGUGACUGCCCGUUGUCGGUCAGGGAUACGCCUGUCGAAGAUCUGGGUAACACUUGGCAACAUGCACCGGACUGCAUACAAGAAACACGACGCGAGGGCGAUGAAACUGUGGGAGACGAAAUCCAAGGGACCCGAACAAGAGAUUACGGUGCUGCGCUCCGAGAGGAGAACAGCCCGCAUCCUGGCUCAAGGACAGCCCCGGGGGCGGGAUGGCUGAACGAAUCAGGCAAAAGACGAGGGAAGGAAAAGAAGUAG